AUGCUUUGGAUAUAUGAUGGUGGUCUCGUGAAAAUAUCAAUCUCCAACGGGCGAAUUUUGGACACAUCAGAAAAUUCAGCCGCACGAAGGGUUAAGAUCGAUUGGAAACCCGCGAAAUUGCUGACCUUUUCAGAUGUGCUAAUUUUCAUUGACCAAGAGAAUUUUGUCAAUGUGGCAAGAAUUAAGAACGGUGAGUUGCAGUAUGUAGAGAAGUUGCCCGUUGAUAACCCGAUUCUAUGUGCGGCAGUAUCACCUUGUAACUCAAUCAUUCUUAUGGCUACGGAAUUAACCUUCCACGUAUGGAAAGAGGAUCAAACCUCACAACCUCUUCACUGGGUAGCUUCAAACACUGGAGAACUCCUUGAUUUUCCUCGUGUGAAAGGCAGUGAAGAAAUCGAAGACAGCGAAGACAGCGAAGAUAGCGAAGACAGCGAAGAGAAAGUUUACUGCAAAUGUUGCAUCACAAGCGACAGCACUAAAGGAGUUUUAGCGUUGUAUUUUCGCCUUGCCGCAUCUGAGUAUCCUCUACCAUAUUAUUUCAUUCUUGUCGAUUUAAAUUCGAAAAUCACGACGAGGAUGAUUCCAUGCACGACUCGCUUGAUCUCAGAAUUUAGCGAGAUUUAUGCCGGCAAUUCUUAUUGUAUUGUUCUUGAUAAUUAUCGUCCUGGGUUGGCAGCAGUAAAAUUAGCAACAGGCGAAUCCAUAGCAGAAUGGAUGAUUUCUCGUGAAUUAGCAGCUGGCGAACCAAUAGCAGAAUUUACUAUGACUUCUUGCGUGUUUCGUCGUUCUCAGUUCAUUGUAGCGCAUUCUAAAAAUGAUCUUGUUGCUGUUAUUACAAGACGUCCUGCUAGUGUCGAGUUUGUGAAAAUUGUCGUUUCAGAAUGA